AUGACUUCUACAAAUAAUUCGAGUGGCACUGAUAAUAAUCAAAAAUAUGAAGAAAGUAUACGCCAAGCAAAUGAUGCAUUACGAGAUUUGAUGGAGCUUGUCAACAUGCCCGAUUUCGAGGAUCAUGAUGGUUGGAAACAAAAAAUUUCGAAUAAAAGCGAUGUUGUUUAUUCAAAACGCUUUAAAAUGGGAAAAGUUUUUACUAUGAGAACUAUUUUUAAUUUCCCUCUGCAACAAGCAUUUGUGGAACAUUGGGAAAAUUUUAUUGAUAUUACCCAUUACAACAAAAAUAUUUCAAAUGUGAAAAUUGUUGCUGAUCUAUCAUCUAACACAGAUAUUGUUUAUUACGCAAUGAAUGAUAUUUCAAGCAUUAAGGGACGAGAUUUUCUAAUGUGUCGCACAUUUCGUCGUACUGAUAAUGAAAUUAUUGAAGCUGCACGAAGCAUUAAUCUUCCUGAUUUUAAAUUUAAUCCGCAAAAAAUACGUGGACAUAUCAUACUUGGCGGUGGACGUUUUCGAAUUCAUCCCAAGGAUUCCACAAAAACAAUUGUUGAUUAUGUGAUGUGUGUGGAUUUCAAAAGUCCUGAUAUACCAAGUGUAAUUACGGAUGCAACACUCAGUAUGCUAAUUUUACAAGAUGCUGAAUCGAUACGUAAACAAAUUGAACGACUUAAGCAUGAUGCUGUAUAA